AUGAAGAUUUUAUUUUGCUUGGUAUUGGCGUUAGUUUGCCAGCAAGUGUUUUCUCACAAGUAUCAUGGAUAUCAUAAUAAGGGUAAAUUGAUGAGACGUGAUGGUGAAGUCUUGAGAAUCGAUGUUAAAGAAGUUCAAGUCAAGUUAAAUUCCAAGGGCAUUCAAGAUGAGAAAUGGAUGAAAGUUGAUUUAAAGAUCGUUUACAAAGAUGGAAGAAUUUCAGUUAAUGGAAUACCUAUCCAAACAUCGACUGUAAUGUCUUUUCAAACUCCAGCUACUGUUGUUGAUAUUAACCCGCAGAAAAAUGAGAUAAAUAAGCGUCGUGUUCCAGUUUUGGUGCGAGUCUUGGCCAAUAGACGUUACUAUAGGCAAGGCUGGAAGAAGAGCAGCCGAUUAUUCUUAGAACAGCAAAUCAUAUCGGUUGAUGGAAAUAAGGUUACUCAGAUUAACAUUAAGGAAAUGAUCUUGGAAUUGGGAUGUCGUGGAAAUAAAUUUGUUUAUUAUAGACUCCAUGAUAAGAAACCAGAAGACAGUGAGAUUCAUCACAGAAAUCCUGGAAACGAUCGUCCAUAUAAUGGAGACAAAGAUCAUGAAUCUAGACCCGAGACCUUCCCUGAGGAGGCUGUUAAUGCUUUUGAAAAAUUACCAAUGCCCGCUCGUAUUGCUAUCUAUGUCGGAUCUGGCUUCUUGGCCUUACUGAUACUCUUCGGCUUAUAUAAAUUAUGUUGUCGAUCAAGCAGUAGCCGCUCUGCCGAGCAAACAUAUGUUGAUAAUGUUAAGCUGGUUUAUAACCCAAAUAUGGAACAAUCUGAAAAACCAGAAAAGCCCGAAAAGCCCGAAAAAUUAGAAAAUAAGCCAGAAGUAAAGCAAGCCUUCGAAGAAGUCGUUAUCGCUUAACCUAAUAAUCCAUGUAAUGCAUGUAUGGCGCUACGUUCACCACAUGCUGGGUUACCUAUAACUUGGCAUAAUUCACACGAUCAUAAUUUAAUAGUUGACUAGAACUUACGUUGCUCUUGAUUACUAUAAUCUCAAUUACGGCUUUCUUUCUUAUCAUAAGGUUAUGCAUUUUAUUACUGAUUGUAUGUAACUAUCAGAAUAAUUUCUGACUUUACUUAAUAUUCAUAAUUAAAAUUCUGGCUUCUGUUAUUGUUUUCCUGAACUCUGUGAAGUGGAAUUAUUUGCUAAUUUAAUUUUCUGAUCGUUAAUAGUGAUAAGUUGGCAACAAUUAUUGAUGAAUCAUUGGUUAUGUAUUGUAUUUCACUAAAUGCCAAUUGGCAGAGUGACCUAUUAAGCUGUAACUUAU